AUGGAAGGUGGCCAGUUGACAAGCCCUUUCAAGCAGUGCUUAGUGGAGAUAUUUUCUCGCUUUGACUCUGAUGGCGACCAUAUGCUGUCGGAGGAAGAACUGCAGGCCUUCAGCCGGUCCGCCAACAAAGAUUCCAAAGAGUUUACGCCAGAUGAGGUCUCCGAGAUGAAAUCCAUGUUUGAGUGGCUUGACGGCGCCAGCGGUGGUGGACUCUCUCUCCGAGGCUUCGUUGAAAUGUACAAGCGCCAAACAGAGGUUUCUCUAGAAGAAUCCUGGUCAGACUUGACCAAGCUAGGAUAUGAUGAGUCUUUAAAGCUUAGGACAAAAGGAGAAUCUAGAGAGGAAUGGAGUAAUGAGGUCAGCGAAAGGCUGCGCGACUUUUCGAAGUUAUCGGAGGAGUUUAUGUCCUUUCCUGCGAGCAGCCAGCAAAUGACAGCUGCUAAGUGCGAGACAGUCCGUAGGACUUCUACCGCGCUUGGCCUGGAAUGUCAGAUGUUGCAGCUUCCGGAUGGAUCAGAAGAGCUGUGCGUUUUCAGGCCACCGGAAACGACGGGGCGGGCUUCAAGUCCUUCCAGUCCGAGUGACAAUCCCUCCAGUCCCAAGAAAAGCCCGUCUUCGUCACCAGUGUUUUCAGCUCUUGAGCUUGAUUGCAGUAGUUGCCAGGAGCUACAGGAGACUUUCACGGAGUUUAUCCCAGAUGGUUGGACAAUCUAUGCUCAUCACAUGACCAUUUGUUUAGGAAGCCUUGCAGAUGCACGGUCCAACGGGAACAAGCUGUCAGAGGAUCUCCAAGCAUUGAUCCGCCAGCUGAAACCCAAGGAUAGACGUUCUGUGAAAGUUGUGUCGAUUGGGAGGACAAAGGGUGUUGUUGCAGUGGGUGUUAUUGGUUGCCCAUCCGUUAACCAAGUUCCUCACAUCACAUUGGCAUGCGCCAAAGGGCACAAGCCAGUUGAGAGCAAUAGCAUCACGAAGUGGCAGAGGCUCGAAGUGUUUCAUUCCCUCAGCGGUGUGGUGAGGGAGUUUGAGCAGAAGGAUGCCAGUGCAGGCUUGACCGCCGCCACCAGAGAAGCUCAUGAGCGCCUGAUAAUGCGCCUGAAAGAGUUGGAAGCUGAAGUUCUUGCAGCUCGUGCCAUUCAUUUCUCUCAACUACAAGAUGCAGAUGAAAGAACUCUCCAAAGGGCAAUCCAGGAGCGUGAACAGGAGCUUGCCAGCUUGAAGCUGGAUGAUGACGAUGGCUGGAAAGAGGCCAAAUCUGUGAAAACCAAGGUGAAAGGGAAAAUGAGUCUCUUUGAGCUUUGUUCUGAUGGCAAUGGAGUGGUGAACUUUGGCGAGUUUGCAUCAUGGGCCGGGCCGCGACUUGGCUUGGAACUGGGCCGGGGUCCGGCCAGUGCCCGUGGUAACGUGAAAGGCUCUGGUAAGAUUUUCGCAUGCCUGUCAGGAGCGCGAACAUUGGAGUCCGAUGAGCAUGAGUUCACCCGAGUCAUUGUCCCCAACAACGACGUUCGCGCAGAGAUUAACAAGCACCGUGCACGAGCCUUCGCCGCCAAGCGCGGACUGCAGCUGCUCUGGAACUUUGCACAAGAUCAGAUACCGUUGGAACUUCUGGCAACAGACCCCCAUUUAGCGCAGAGAAAGGUCGAAUUUCUGCAGCGACACGAUCGCGAGCGUGGAGAUCUGCCCGGGCUGGUGCCCUUAGCUCUGGGCAUGCCUAUGCUCUUGAGUGAUCAUAUUGAUCGACCAAAGCUCUUGCUCCGUGGGUGCUUGUGCCAUGUGGUUGGCUGGAAAGUCUCACAAGAGGAGACCGCGCUACCGAGCAAAGACGCAGAGGUCAUGCUACAGGGAAUGGUGGAGUAUGUCCUGGUGCGCAUUGCUGACGCCGCGUGGGAGCUGCCGGGCUUGCCACCUGGAGUGUACCCGGUGAAGCCACUGAAGGCUGGAUGGCGGCUCGACAAAGGAAGGAAGAGAAGUUCCCAACUCACUCGCUGCCAACUGCCGUUGUUACCGGCAUACGCCUGCACGGCCGCCGCGCAAGGCGGCAACUGGUCGAAGGCUAUUACCGACAUCAACGUCUCCGGGAACAUGUCCAAGCAAGGAGCCUAUGUAUCCCUCUCUCGUGUUCGCCGCAGCCAGGAUGUGUGGAUUUUUCGCAAGUUCCCCAGACACAUGUUCUGCGGAGGUGGACAGGUCGGGCCCGAAUUGUUGCUGAAGCGAUUGCGUGGGGAGGCGAUUGCGUGGGAGCAGGUUGCCGAGAAACUCCGCGGGCGUCCGCAGCGCUGCGAGAAGGACAGCCCCCAAGUUGUGUGUGCCACCUGCGGCCUCUGUCCAGCCACUGAGUUUACCAUCCGUGAGCUCUUGAAAGGUACUGCGGCAGUAAGCCGCGCAGAUGCCCACAACAAGAAGGCACACUCUAUCGCCGAGGACCCCUCGCAGGCCAAACUGCAAAGGUGGGUUCCACGAUACAAUGAGCGCCCCCUAUAG